CUCUAAACAAGCCCAAGUUGGGCAUGAGGAGAAAAGUGAGAAUCUAUGGCAAAGUUAGUUUUAGAGAAUCAUGACAGCCAUUACCCUAACAAGAUCUAACGACUGAUGCUACCCCUACUACUUAAAAACUUUAAUUUCUCUGGAAAUCAAGGUUGUGGAAAUCCUUGAAAUACUCUCCAGACACAUGAUUGCUAAUCUCCAACUGAAAGGACUUAAGCAUAGAUUUUUACUGGAGAAAUGGACCAUGGUACUAAAUCCUUUCCGGGUGCAAGUUCAUCGUCUAAGGAAAUCAACGGUGAAGAAUUCACCCUAGCCCGUACCAGGGCUAAAGAAGAUCAAUAUGGGAAGGAGAAGCAUUACGUAGGCGUUCGAAAGCGGCCAUGGGGCAAGUUUGCAGCUGAGAUAAGGGAUUCUACAAGAAAUGGAAUGAGGGUUUGGCUUGGAACAUUUGAUACUGCAGAAGAAGCUGCCUUGGCUUAUGACCAAGCUGCACUUUCGAUGCGAGGUCCAGUGGCUGCCCUUAAUUUUCCGGCUGAAAGGGUCCAUGAAUCCCUUCAAGAAAUGGUUCUUUUUAGCUGUGAAGAUGGUUUAUCACCAGCUGCUGCCCUGAAAGAGGCACACAAGAUGAGAAGUAUGUCCAAACGUAGAGGCAAAAGGAAACAGCUGGUCAAGGGAGAUGAUCUGGUGGUGUUUGAAGACUUGGGACCUGAUCUGUUGGAUGAGCUCUUAUCUGAAUCUGAGAGUUCUGGAUGUAAGUGAAAAACAAUCUCACAUUUGCUGUAGUUAAUAUCCCAUCCCUUCUUUCGUUUUCCUCUCUCUCUCUCUCUCUCUCUCUCUCUCUCUCUCUCUCUUUUGGGGUCCCUAUUUCGCUUCAUCGACCUCUAUUAUUUUCUCCCGGUGAAUUGGCAAUGAAUCCGUAUAUAAUCUGGUUCCACACUUCGACCAAUUUGUUUGAGUCUAAAUUACU